CCACAACAACAAGAAGCUGAAAAACAAGGAAGUGGACGAAUCGCUCCGAAGCAGCCGUAACCAGUUACACAGGCCCGUGACUUCAACUCGCACCGCCGCGCACCAGAAUCUCGAUCUCGCCCCCGUCGCCGGACCGCAGACACAACCAUGAACAACAAAGGUUCAUAUCCACAGCAGGCCGUGUACCCUCAGCAGAGCUCUGCACCUGUAUACCCUCCUGCUAUGCAAAUGUCCCCUCAGGCUCCUCCCUACUCAGACACACCACCUGCAUACUCUGAGAUAUACCAGCCCAGAUAUGUGCUUCCACCUCAGGUGGCAGGUCAGAUGACUCAGAUGUCCUCUCCCUACCCUGGUGCUCAGAUGUUCAUGCCCAUGCAGCACACUAUGGCCGUCGGACAUGUGGGUCAGAACGUCCCCAUGGCCUACUAUCCCAUGGGAGCCAUGUACCCACAUGGUUCUACAGUGAUGGUGGACGGUGGCUUCGACGCCGGUGCUCGCUUCACAGGAGGCAGCAACGUCUCCAUCCCACCCCCACCUCCUGGACACCCCCCCAAUGCAGCUCAGCUGGCCGCCAUGCAGGGUGCCAACGUUGUAAUGACACAGCGCAAGAGUAACUUCUUCAUGGGGGGAUCAGGUGGAGGUUAUUCCAUCUGGUAACAGCAACUUCUCGACUCCUCCAUCAUGCCUAAACCGUGUCCCCUCCUUCCCCUCCGUCCCAACUGAUGCCCCAGUUCUACCCACGUCCCAUACGCCUCCCCUCUUCAGGCUGCUUGGCCAUGCCACAAUACUGAUAUCACCUAAUGGAAUGUAAUAUUUUAGAGCCCUCGUGAAAGGUACAGUACUCCACUUGUGACGUAGAGAUAAAACCGAUAAAUGCCACUGCCUGGAGUGAAUAAAAUACAACAAUUUUAAUCCUGUAGUAUUAAUGCCACAAUUCUUCAUUUUGGUCCAAACCUCUUUGGUCAAAUCCAGAUUGGACUUUUCUGGGCAUUUGUUGAAUAGACCCCGGUCUCUUUUCGAUCGACAUCUGAAAUGUCCUUGUAUUCCUGUGAAACUACGUAAAUGAAAUGUUGAAAUAUCAGCCCUGCAUUAUUUAGUCUAGCUGCUUUAUGGUGAAAGUGAAACGCAGUUAUUACAAAGUUGCAGUUGAAGCGCAAAUGAAAAAAAAAAAAGAAAUCUCCACUUUGUCUUUUUUUUGAAUACUUUUAGUGUAGUUGAAUUAAUAGAUGUGUAAUAGUUACAUGUAAAUACCAGUAUAAUGAUGAUGAUGAUGAUCAAUACAAACUGCAUCUCAACUAUACGAAGAAGAAGAAAAAAAAAAUCUGCAUCUUGGGUGCUUUUUUUUUUUUUAGUUAGAUUUGUCUUGUCUUUUUCGCACAUUGAACUGCCCAUUGGACAAAUUGUCACAUUUAAAAAAAAAUCACGUUUAAAUUAAAAUGAUUUGAAGUCAAAGCAACUAAAUUGAAGAAAAGAUUUUUCCCACGCAAUACCCCAAAAGUGAAUUACUGUACCUUGGUUGGGCGACUUGUAGAUGAACAUAGUCAAGUGCCAAAGAGCACUGGGGAUAGCCCUAAUUUAAAGCAAAUUAACUUCAGUAAACUUAAAAGGAAAAAAAAGAAAUUUUAAAAAGUAAAUCCAAAUAGUAAGUUGAAACGGGAAAGGGGUGGUUGGUGUAACAUUUUGAGCUUUUUCUUUGUCUCCUGUUUCUGUUCCACAGUCGGAUACCCAGAGUUUAUACACUAAAUGUUUAUUGUACAGGUUUUUUUCGACAACUAGCCCCGCCCCCUUUAGCGUCUCUUUCACCAAGUAGAAUUUGGUCUGAUCCAAUAAACUUUUCCUCCACAGAGGAAUUCGUCACCUUUGUGAUUAGCGUUAGUUUCCUUCUAGUCCACAUUUAUCUAAAAAGGUUGAGGAGACGUAAACAUUUCAGAGUUUAAUUUUUUUCCUUCCUGACUUUUCCCACAUUGAGGUAGUUAGGGUAUAAAAAAAAAUCAAAUUAGUUAGUAUAACCAAUGAGCUGGUUGUACCAAAGAUUUGGUCUUCAAUGCACUUAUGUUUGGUUGUGACUUGGAUUAAAAAAAAUUUUUGAAAUCGUCACAAUUUAAAAGCAAACAUAUCAUCGAAUACGCAGCGAUGAGGCUGCUGGAACCAAGAACCUUCGGUCCUUUGACUGCACUUUGUUAGUUAACGUGUCGCUCCACGUGGGUCAGUUGCAUCUUUUAAGUUGUCGCAUGACUUUUGCACCGUUGCCGUGUACAAAUCUGAUUAAACACUUUUUAUCUGAGAUGCACUGCUGAGCAAAUCGGAGAAGUUGCACACAAGGGGCUACUCUUUUUUUUGAUCUCCUUUUUAAAAGCCUGGUUUUGUGUCUUUUUAAAUAAAGCUGUGAGAUUUUUAAACUUUUUUUUUUUAAUGCUUCUUUUUCCAUCAAAACAAAUUCCAUUUCUGUUUUUUAAAGUAAUGUCAAGACGUGUCGUGUUGUCCGAUAGAUUGAAAAGUGUAUGCAACUUUUUUUUCUCUUUUUUUUUUGCAAGGAGGCUACAUCACCUGUCAGCAUGAUUAAUUUCCAAAACAAGUUUUGUUGUGCUGCUAAUUCAAAGUCUCUCUUAGAAAUAUUUAUAUAUAAAUAUGUCGUCAAGCAAAAACCCUUAAAAUAUCUGGAACCAUCAACUGAUAUUUGUAGAUAUUCCUCUUUAUUUUUUUUUUGGUGUCUGGUUGUGUGUCAAUGUGUCACUGGGUAUCCGACAUUGCGUAUAUCAAGUUUUAACAGCUGUUGCCUCCGAUUAGUAAAAACAAAAAAACGCGGUUGCUGUCGACCAACAUUUAGCGAUCUCAGUGUCGCCGACAGCAGCCGUCAGGAAAAAAAACAACCUCACUGUUCAUCCCGAUGACCCUCGUCGGGACGAACCUCGUCUGUGCAGCACGUGGCGGACGUGAUUUUUAAAAAAUGACAUCGGUGGGUAUUAGUUCUCACCCGUGCUGUUGUUUCAUACAGCUCUGACAGGGGGGCGAAGAGGCCACAGCUUUCAGAACUUACACAAACAAAAAAAAAAAAAAAGAUAUGAUUCAAACAAAUGUUUUCUCGUUUUCCAUCUCUGCUCUGAUUGUUUGUUAAGCAGCAUAACGGUGGCUUUGUCCCAGCAAUAUGAAGUACUGUAAAACUGCAGCUGACCAGUCGAUGCUAUGCCAACCACAAGCCAGCAAAAUGGAUCACACUCUCUGUUGAAGGAUUAUGGACAUUUAUAGUUCAGGGAUUCUCUUGACAAUAUUUUGUAAAAUAGAUGUAUGUACUAAAGUGAUGUGACGGGACUUUGGUACACAUUCUAUCUUUUAAGGUUACUAAAGGAAGAUGAGUGUCACUAUACAGUUUGCUGAGACGUGUCAAAGAUGGAAUACUUUGAGAGAAAAAAAAAAAGAACUUAGGUGCACUUAACUUUUUUAUACUAAACUUAAAAUUUAAAAUGUAAGUUUAGAAUAAAGGUUAUUUUGGAAAUUUGAAA